CAAAAUUCCCACCGCUAUAUAUAAUGCCACCCAAAAAAGUCCUCAAAAACCACAAAAACUCAUCGAAGCAAAAUCGAAAAUGUCGUCUCAAGAAACCAAAAAAGAUCAAAGAGAAGGAGCAGAGAUCUGCAAUGGCGGAUCAAUCUGCAAACAAAAAGCCAACGAGAUCUUAUCGACGAUGAAUCUACCAAAAGGACUUCUACCACUAGACGACAUGACAGAGAUCGGUCACAACAAAUCAACCGGUUAUGUCUGGAUCAAGAUCAAGAACAAGGUCCAGCAUCGGUUCAAAGCCAUCGGGAGAAACGUGUCGUACGACUCUGAAGUCACUGCGUUCGUUGAGAACCGUCGGAUGCGUCAGCUCACGGGAAUCAAGAGCAAAGAGAUUUUGAUUUGGGUUACCAUCUCUGAGAUCUUUGUUAAUGAUCAAGAUCCGACUAAAAUCACUUUUGCUAAUCCUACGGGUCUGUCACGUACUUUCCCCGUCACUGCUUUUGAAGAAGACUAGUGAGAUUCAUUUGUCAACGCUCUUUAUGAUCAUACCUUUGCUUAGCUUAAUGAUCUAUAAAUUGUAUUUUUUUUUUCCAACACAUCUUGUUUUAUUCCUUUAAUAUUUACAAUUAGAGUUUUUAUAAAUUAAAAAAAUUAGUUUUCGGACCAAAUAUGUGAAACUGCGGAAUUUACAGAUCGAUACUUCUAAAUGGUCGAAACUUAUAUAAUCCUAGAAUAACUAGUUAAUAAUGUGAAUCAUUUUAAAUUUAAUAUUAUAGUUUCGAUAUCUUUCAUUUAUAAAUGUGGUAAUCUAGAGAAUUAUCCACUUUUUAUU